AAAUAUUCAAGCGAAACGUGGAGCUGAAAAGAACAGAGACGAUAGCAAAGAUGGUCGAAAACGUCUUCGAGAACAGCACAGAAGAAGAUAUAGUCGAUGCGCUCGGUGACCUCACGCCAGAUGACAUCCUGACCUCGGUGGUGCAGAAGUUUAUUCCAAAUCUUGCCAAGAUCCAACCCAACGAUUACGAGGAGCUGGAGGCACAACAGCAUGCCUUGCUCUACAACCACUACACGGUGUCGCAGUUGCAGCUCGAGACGCCUUUGGUGGACUGGAGUUACCUGCUGAGUAGCCUUUUCAACAUGACCAUCACUGACGAUGACAACAUCUACCUAUACUAUCCGCAGUAUAUGGUCAGUCUCAACCACAUGCUCGCUACUACAGAACCUUGGAUUGUCCACUACGCGAUGCUGAUUCUCUAUUCCUACGAUGUCCUGAGGGAGACCAUCUACGCACCAGACGAUAUGGACAGAGCAGAUUUCUGUCUUCAGGCUUCCAAAAGAGCUUUCGGAGAAGUGCUGUCUAAUAUGUACCUCCAUUACGUGGGCAAUGAGACGAUCAAUCACAUACGAAGACAUGCCAAGGACAUCCUGGGCCUGCUACGGGAGGAGGUAAAGAGUUCGGUGGAGAAGGCGCCCUGGCUAAGCCCUCAGGACAUGGCCGCCGCCCACGAUAAGCUGCGGAGCCUUGAGGCUGAGAUCGGCGCCUACGAUAAGCACUGGAAUCUCACCUUUGUUAACAUAUCUCAUGUCGGGAUUAACUUGAGCGAGGACAACUCAUUCCGGGACAAUGUGUUGGAAAUUUACCGAGUUUUGAGGACAGAACUUUAUUACCUGUAUAAGGAACCCGUCGAUCGCUUCUCCUUUAUUUGGAGUUUUACGGUCCAGCCAUACAUCGUGAACGCUUUUCAUAUGCAUUCUACCAAUACUAUAGUCUUCCCCGAGGCGUUCUUCCACUCCCCAUACUACACGAAGAAGGGUCCAGAGUACCUCAACUACGGGUCGGCCGCCACAGCCAUGGCUCAUGAAAUAUUCCACGGGAUGGAUUUCACAGGAACCCUCUUCGAUUCCCACGGGGAGAUGACACGUCCGUUCAGCAACGCAUCCCGGGAACAUCUGAUGUCCACAGUGCGCUGUUACCACGACCUCCUCAACAACGCGUUCUAUGAGGAGGUGGCCGUAGAGGACGCUUUCAUCGCGAUGGAG